UAAAUACAGCAUAAGUUUCCGGUGCGUUGGCAGGACAAGUUUUCCACGCAGCAGGUAGGCUUAGAGUCAACUAGUCUAUCGUUCCUCAUUGGCGGAUACAGUCAAGCCAAGUAGGCUUGAAGGCCAGCAUACUUGCACUCUCACGGAAAGAAAGCUGCCAUCUUAGCACAGCACGUAGGAAUCUAAAGCUCUUUUGGCGUUUUCAUUCCAGCAGGAAAAAUACGAAUAAGUCACUCGAUGUGGAAUUGAAACGAGGGUAACUCAAGCUGGACAUAUUAAAACCGGCUAAGUUUCAUAUUUUGUUCUCUGAAAACGAUGGAACAUAAAUACGAAUACUCGUCGGAAGCUGGAGUUCACCACGCCAACUAUAUGAGAAAUUCGAAAGCCAUUGGUGUGCUGUGGGGUGUAUUUACAAUAUGUUUUGCAAUAAUCAAUAUUGUUGUCUUCAUCCAGCCGCAUUGGAUAGGAGACACUCAGGAUAGCAAAGGUACUGGCCACUUCGGUUUGUGGCAGGCAUGUCACCUAGUUCAAGAUGGUCAGGACGUUGCUUGUGAAGGCAGGUUGGAUGAUUUUAAUACCAUAGCUUCUCCAGCGUUUCGUGCUGCCACCGUCUUUGUAGGCCUAUCCGUAAUCGUAAUUCUUCUGUGUAUCUGCUGUAUGCUACUGUUCUUUGUCUUUCAUUCUUCAACUGUCUUCCAUAUUUGUGGCUGGAUGCAGGUUUUUUGCACGGUAUGUAUGGUAGUUGGAGUGUUAACCUUUCCAGCUGGUUGGGACAGUGACGUAGUGAAGGAGGUAUGUGGUCCUGAAUCUGAUAACUAUGACCCUGGUCAGUGUGGAGUCCGAUGGGCUUACAUUCUGGCCAUUAUUGGAGUAUGUGACUGUGUGGUCCUGGCGGCACUAGCCUUUGUUCUGGGCACGCGCUACGUGAAAGUAGUACCAGAACAGUACCCUCCGAAUGGAUCGGUGUAUAGAGGAGAGAUGAACACCGCCUUUGUACCUGAUAAUCAGUCUACUACCUCCCGGAAAUUCAUGAACCUACAACCGGUAAUGCUGAUGCCUCAACCGGGUGAUCCAGAACGCUUCUCAGAAUUUUCCCACCGAACCACAAGAUCCAAAGCUAGCGGUCACAGAAGUGAUUACGGGCCAGUUAUGCAUAACUUCCAGUUGUAAGGUCAUCAGUUCGUCUUGUGACGUCACUGUCAUUAACGUACCAUAAUUUUAAACGUAGCUUCGAUAUUAUAGCCCUGGUGUUCAUUUACCCAGUGUUUGAUUAGACUCCAUGAAACCUCAACUUAUGAGAUUUCAUGUAGAGUUCCAGUUGUGUAGUCAUCACUGCCAGAUCUAACAUCAUUAACUUCAAAUGUUAUUUAACAACCAAGAAACCAUACACACAUAUUAUAUAUAUAUAUAUAUAUAUAUAUACACACACACACACACACACACACACACACACACACACACACACACACACACACAUAAGAGGUGAGACUUGGGCAGUCACAGUUUUUAUAGCCCUCUUGAUUUCUACAAAAGAAACAAAAAUGGUUUGAUUCAACAAAAGAAACUAAUGCUUUCAAAGCAUAAAAUUGCUCUGUAAUCUUUAUCUAGACAAUUCAAGCCGAAAUACUGGAGUUUCUGAUCAAUAAAAAUGCGAGUUAAACCGAAUCAAACAUUUCUUGUGGAAUUAAAGAAGGCUCAACAAACUAUGUAGCUGCCUAUAUGAAAACCAGCCUUAUCCUUGUGGUGGUAUCUUUUUAUCGAUACAUACAUAUGUACCACUUCUGGUGUUUCAGGUUUAUGAGAUAGGUCUACAAGGAUCGAUCCCCGCUAGCAUAACCAAUUGUACUGCUGUGGCCGAGGUCGACCCCUUCCAGGCCUAACUUAUAAAUCAUAAUACUUUAAAAUAUAUAAUGAACAUUAAUAAUAUUAAAGUAAUAAACACAAUUUGUAUUGUUGCCAUGAUUAAAAUAUUUAUUCUAAUACAUAAAUAAUCAAACUAUUGAUUACUAAGGUUUGGCUUUAAGAGGACGCGGUUGAAAUUGUGUACAUAACGCAUGUUUGAUUAUAUCCCAUGUAUAUCUAUUGAAACAUCAUCAGCUUUAGUGCCACAUUUGUUUAAGAUUGAACACGUUUAGCCUAGAGACUAGCUUUUAAUAGGUAGUGAAAUGGACAUCACUGAUUGUCAAAACAAGUUUGAUUUUUGUUUUGUUUUGCCAAAGCAAAAAAAGUUUUAUUGCGAAUUUUAGUCUUCCCUGUUGAGGUUGAAAUGUAGACUAUUUUUAAACUGUGAUUAGUCCUAGACUUAAGAUGUAAAGUUGUUAUUCCCUGAUGUUUUUUGGAACUGUUGAACUGAAUAACCGAAACGUCGAGGAAUAAAAUACUCAACGUAAGCCUAGGGUCCUAAACUUAUUCGAACGUAUGAAAAUACUUAAGUUUGUACUCAAUCAACUAAAAACUGAAAGAAAAUAAAUUAAUACACGUUUUGAGUGUUAAUGAGUAUGGCAUAAGAUAUAUUUAUCUGUAACACUUGACCACAGAGGUUAUUAAUCACAAGUAUGUUUAAGGACAGGUUAGACAAUAUUUGCAUUGUUAUAACAUACUGAAAUUACUUCCAUUAUUUGAAACGAACGAUAUUUUGUUUCUCAGAUUACAUUUGCUUUAUUUAACACAUAAAAUGCAUCGGUAGAGGGCUGGUUUAUGCCUUAAAAUUUGUACAUAACGUGGUGUAUUUUAAUUUUGCCAUAUUAUGUUAACAAUCUUGGUGUUGGGCGUUUUAUGUCGGGAAUGAAACUUGAUUAAUAAUCAAGAAACGGGCCUAAUGAGUAAGUUUUACAUUUACUAAUUCGUGGUCAGUACGUGUAUUUUUUUAAGAAGAUGGAGAUUGUAAAUAUAUCCUGUUUAUAAUACACUGACCAAUGACAUUACAUCGUUUAUUGAAGACGUGUGUGUUAUAAUACACUGA